GAUUACAUUGAAUGUAAUCUUAUGCUUGUGUGUGGACAUCAUUAUUCCAUGGUAGUAGCAUAAACAGGUGGGCCGAAGAAAAGAUGAUUCCAAUAGGUUUCACCCCGUAAAUGCAAUCAGUGUUAGCCUUCAGGGACCUAGGCCUAUCUAUAUCUCUUUUACCUUUUUCUUGUCUUUGAUACUUUCAUCUUUGAAAUCUCAUCGGCUGGUGACGUUCAAUGAGGCAUGCGCACACUCGCAAGACUCUUGUGAAUGUAUAGCAAUAGAAGCGGAACAUAAUGUUUAUGAGCAGCAUUCUAUGAAAGAUUCAUAGAACGAACAAGUGGGUUAAGCGCCGUCUCUAGUCUCACUAGUGGAUAAAAAGGGGGAAGGACAAAAGGGUUCCAAUUUGUUAACUUUUUCAGGUCACAAAAUAUGGCUAACAUUUAAGCGGAAAGUGCAUUCUACUACGAAUAUGCGUUCUAGCAUUGUAAGUGCAUUUUUUGAAAUCAAACCUAUUUGUUGUAACAUAUACGCACAAAAAAGCAUUCUUUUCUCUUAAAAUAAUUACAAUAUAGAGAUUAUCUUAUGAAAUAUUGUUGAAAGGUUUCAUAUUUUACUUCCUUCAAUUUUGUUUCCAGUAUUAGAGCUUCAUUGGGUGUCGUAGGGAGUUAAUCAUGGAGACCACUGCGAGUGCAUAUGGUAAGGCAAGGAAUCUAACGAUGAAAAGGGGCACCUAUGAUGACUUGAUAAUUCUUCUUCCUGAACAAGAGCUAUGCGAUGUUAGGAUCUGCGCCACAAGACCAUCCUUGUACUAUGCAAUUCCCAUUGACGAAGAUGUUCUUGUUACGAUAGAUUUUCAUGAGUUUUGCUUCAUCAGUCAAUGCGAGCUACUGCUAAGUUUCGUCGACUUACACCCAUCUAGAAAUACCGCCUCAUGGAAGCUAUUAUCCCCAGAAAGCAAGAAACGAAUGGUAAUUCAUCCAGCAGAUUAUAGUUACAUUUCUAAGGACUUAGUUACCGAGAGUGCCGCUCUAGGCAAUCAAGGAGAUACAAAUUCAGAACAUAAUGCUACUCGUUACUUGUAUCUGUGCGUAAAUUAUCUGAAUGAUAGCGGCGGCAGCUUCUUUCGUCUUGUAGUUCACUUGAGUAAGACGUAUUAUAGUACAUGGUACUACCAGAGCAAGCGUACACUUCCAAUGCACACAAAUUUUUCAGAGCAUGAUGUUGCUGUUCCAAAUUCCUCACGCUUGAUGUCCCUUACACGUGUUGGGGUGGAUAAGGACUCGCAAAUGUGUAGGAAUCAAGGGGACGAGGUGGUGGAGGGGCGAGAGAGGGAUUCAAGCGACAGUGCUCAGCAUUUUAAGGGUGCAACCGCCGCAGCAACCGUCCCGCCUAUUGAGGAUGGUUUUAUACCUGAGGAUAAUCAUAGAAGAUUCACUAAAUUUGACUACAACAACACUAUUCAUAAUCUGGGCAGCUACACCCAGGGUACUGUGCAUCUUCUGUAUAGCACAUUUUAUGCCGGUGCAUGGAAGGGCCUUUAUCCGCACGGCCGUGGCGCCGCAUACUAUGAGCUCCUCAACGGUGAGUGCAGGUCGAAGUUGAACAGUCCCUUCAUGUUACUAGGUCAUUCUUUAGUGCGGAUGGUGCAAGAACAGCACAGCCUGCCGUGGUCGGCCAUGACUCUUCCUCAAGAUCCUACACUAGGUGGGAUUGAUAUCGAUGAUACAUUUUUGGCCUCGCUUACUGGUAUCCAAAGCAUUGAGGCAGUGGUGGCGGAGGCAAAGUCAAAGGACCUGAUCUCGACUUUCAAGAGCAAUGAGCACAACCUAAAUGAGGCGCCGACUGACAAGACGGCGACAAUAACAGUCUCUUGGGAUGUCAUCACUCUCGACCCUGAGCGCCGCAUGGAGGCCUACGAUGGAGGAUGGCAGCUCGGGCAAAAGCACGGACUGGGGGUCUACCAAUGGGCAGACCGUGUCUAUAUUGGAGAGUGGGUGGCUGGGCUGCGCGAUGGCUAUGGCGUAUUGCUACGCCAGGAUGGCAGCUGGUACCGCGGUGAGUGGUUGGCCGACAGGCGCCACGGCUACGGUGAGGCGCUCCUACUCUUGCCAGAGAGACCCCUUCUCUACAAGGGCCAAUGGGUUAAAGGGCUACGUGAGGGCGCCGGGUCUCUCACUUAUCCAAGCGGUGUCGUCGUGGAUGGGACUUGGCAAGCCGAUGUGAUGGACCCAAACGUACACGCGCUGUAUCCCGACGGAACGAUCUUUAGGGGAGGUUGGCGAGACGGACUACGCCAUGGCUCGGGUGUCUUCAUCAACGAGCUUGGCAAUGUUUAUACCAAUACGUGGGAUAUGGACCGCCCUGUUGGUCCUGGAACGGUCCAGCUUACCAACGGAGUCCGCUUUGAGGGCCAGUGGUCGGUUGAAGGCGUCACCUGUGGUGAGUUUCACUUCCCCAAGGGCACCGUCUACACUGGAGAGUGGGAUUGGACCCUUGGGGUGCGCGAGGGGUAUGGUCGAUGUGUGUAUCACAACGGUGACGUUUACGAAGGAGAUUGGCAAAACGACCAGCGGCAUGGAAAGGGAAGGAUGCAUUACCAUGCUACCGGUGCGGUGUACGAUGGAUCCUGGGAGCGUGGCGUGCGCUGUGGGAUGGGCAUCCUCACCGAGGGCGAUGAUGUGUACGAGGGGGAGUUCGAGCGGGGCGAGCGCAGCGGGUCCGGCACGCAGAAAUCGAAGGAUGGCUCUGUUUACACAGGAGACUGGCGCUUCAACCACCGCGCCGGAUAUGGUGUCUUUUACGAUGCGAAAGAGAAUGCCACCUAUAUAGGUGUUUUUCUGUAUAAUCGUCUUCAGGGUUAUGCUACCGCCGUCUAUGAGCACCACGGAAAGGAAAAAUACGAGGGUUCUUGGCUAGACGGCAAGCAGCAGGGCAGGGGAACUUUCACGUUUGACAAUGGAGACGUUCUAUGCGGCGUGUGGCACCUCGGCCAGCCACAGGAUGGCGCUGUCAAGUUCAUCUGCUCUGACGGUACUCGUUACGUGGGGGAUUGGGUAGGUGGAUCUCGCUGUGGCUAUGGAACUGAGGUGAGGACUGAUGGCAGUGUGUACGAAGGGGAGUGGGCCGAUAACAAGCCUUUUGGACACGGGCGCCUCAUCAGUCCUGAUGGCAAGGUUUUCGAGUCCUCAUGGGAGGAUGGUAAGAUUACAAGUGGAAAUUGCAAAAUUGUAUAUUCAGACGGUAGCGUGUACUGUGGGGAACAAAUCAACGGAGUUCCUCAUGGUGAGGGGACACUCUCCUACCUCGAUGGCACAGUCUUUAAGGGGACGUUUCGCGAAGGCAUUUACAGUUUAUAG